AAGCAUGUCAUCUUUCACUGCACUGGGUCCCCUCCUGGAGCAGCUGCGGAAGAGAAGAGGAACCCUGGCUCAUUUGUGCUUUUUCUCAUUCUUUCACACACCAUUUCUUCUCUUGUAUAACCGUACUCUCACAACAUACACAAACCACAUCUUUUCAGUCAAAAAGAGAAGGACACAGAAGGAAAGGGAAGCUUGUUAUUGGGAUUAUUUGCCUUUCUGCACAUUAAAAGGAGAGAGAAGGGGGAGAGGGCAUGUUGUUUCCCCUAUGCUGCGUUUGACACCAUGCUCCUUUGUGUGGACUGGCUCCUCCCCAGGGUAAGAUCUUGAAUAUGAUGGAAGAUAAUAAGCAGCUGGCGCAGAAUUUCGAUGGUGCCCUCCACUCUGCAAGCCAGGAGGUGACCAACUUGCACUCAGAGCUCUCGGCCACCAGUCGCAGACUGGCUGAGCUCAGAGCAAACAACCCUACCGGAGUUGAGAACAACCACCAGCAUGUGCUGCUGAGAGAGGAAGUCACUCAGCUGCAGGAGGAGGUGAAACUGCUCAGCCAGCUGAAGGAAAUGUUAAAUAAGGACCUGCAGAAGAUGCAGGGCUGCUCAGCCAAUGCACUGUCUGCCACUGAGCUCCGCAUACAGCUGGCAGAGAAAGAACAUGAGCUGGACCGUGCCAAAGAGGCCUUACAAGCUAUGAAAUGCGACCGUACGAGGUUAAAGGCAGAGAAGGUUGACUUAGUGAACCAGAUGCAGCAGCUGUACACUACAUUAGAGAGCCAUGAAGAACAGCUUCGAGACUUCAUCAGGAACUACGACCAGCACAGAAAGGAGAGCGAUGAUGCGGUGAAGUCUCUGGCGAAGGAGAAAGACCUGCUGGAGAGGGAGAAGUGGGACCUGCGCAGGCAGACCAAAGAGGCCACAGAGCACGCUGGCCUCCUACACUCACAAAUUGACAUGAAGGAGAACAGAAUUAAAGAGCUGGAAGCUGAGCUAAGCAUGGCCAAACAGUCUCUGGCCACCCUCACUAAAGAUGUUCCAAAACACCACUCAGUGGCUAUGCCCUCAGAGCCGGUGGUGAACGGUACUCAGGAGUGGGUGAUGCAGGCCGAGCUUCCUCUCACUGCAGCCAUCAGACAGAGCCAACAGACCCUGUGCCAUUGUCACCCUGCAGACAGACAAGCUGCGUUGCGAACCAGCCUGUGUCACUCACGCCAGCCCUCAAUACUCUCAGACACAUCAGCAGCUGAUGGUGAUCGCUCAUCUACACCCAGUGACAUGAACUCUCCACACCAUCGGACUCACUCCCUCUGCAAUGUCCUCUCAAGAUCCAUCAGGUUGGAUGGGGAGGGUCGGUGCACAGCCAUUUUCAGAUCUCUCCAGAGAUGUUCAAUCAGGUUCAAGUCUGGGCUCUGGCUGGGAACCUCAAGGACAUUCACAGAGUUGUCCUGUAGCCACUCCUUCGUUAUCUUGGCUAUGUGCUUAAGGUCGUUGCCCUGUUGGAAGAUAAACCUUCACCCCAGUCUGAGGUCCAGAGCGCUCUGGAGCAGGUUUUCAUCAAGGAUGUCUCUGUACAUUGCUGCAUUCAUCCUGACUAGUCUCCCAGUUCCUGCCGCUGAAAAACAUCCCCACAGCAUCUUUGUUUCAUCAUGGUCUGAGAGUCCUUCAGGUGCCUUUUGGCAAACUCCAGGCGGGCUGGAGUGCCUUUUACUGAGGGGUGGCUUCUUUCUGGCCACUCAACCAUACAGGCCUGAUUGGUGGAAUGCUGCAGAGAUGGUUGUUUUUCUGGAGGGUUCUCCUCUCUCCACAGAGACACGCUGGAGCUCUGUCAGAGUGACCAUCGGGUUUUUGGUCACCUCCCUGACUAAGGCCCUUCUCCCCGAUCACUCAGUUUGGCCGGGCGGCCAGCUCUAGGAAGAGUCCUGGUAGUUCCAAACUUCUUCCAUUUAUGGAUGAUUGAGGCCACUGUGCUCAUUGGGACCUUCAAUGGUGCAGAAAUCUUUCUGUACCCUUCUCCAGAUCUGUGCCUCGAUACAAUCCUGUCUCAGAGGUCUACAGACAGUUCCUUGGACUUCAUGGCUUGGUUUGUGCUCUGACAUGCAUUGUUAACUGUGGAACUGUAUAUAGACAGGUGUGUGCCUUUCCAAAUCAUGUCCAAUAAACUGAAUUUACCACAGGUGGACUCCAGUCGAGUUGUAGAAACAUCUCAAGGAUGAUCAGUGGAAACAGGAUGCACCUGAGCUCAAUUUUGAGUGUCAUGGCAAAGGCUGUGAAUACUUAUGUACAUGUGCUUUAUUUGUUAUUUA